GCUAGUCUUAGAGGGGGUUAGUGACUAUUCCUUCAGGUACAAGGAUACGAAGAAUUCUCGUAUCCGUACCUGCAUCUUAUUCAUUUCUUACCACUCUUUUCUUUCCCUCCCGUUAUAUUUGAACCGUUAGGCAGAGAAUCUAACACUUCCACCUCGCAAAUUAUGACCUUCUACAUACACGACACACCAUGGUUACUUGCUGGCUUCUCUUUGCUCACUGUCACAAUCAGUACCAUAAUCAAACCCAGCGGACGUCAAACAUUCAUUGAAGAUGCUAAGUGCAAUAUACUGUCUUUCUCUCCGAUCCGAUCCGGGACGGUUGUUGUGGGCUUUAUCGUUUAUUUGAUCCACUUGCGACUCUUGAACAUCGCCGGAAUACAUACAGGCUUAAAGUUCCUCUCGUACCUUGACAUAGAGUCGGAAUUAUCUGACAUUAGUCGCGGGUUCUGGCCGUCUUUUGCGCGGCGUGCUUUCCUCAUCGGGGGAACACUGCCGCUGUACGCGAUGCUGCUAGUGUCAACGAGUUAUCAAUGGCUCCACGUCUUCACAACGUGCCUAGUCGCUGAAUCUGUACUGGCCGAAUUAUUAAGUUUCUUCAGGGGCCCUUCUGAUGGGUUUACCGUCCGCAAAGGCUGGCCUCACCGUACUAUGCUGAUGGCGAAACCCCUCGUUACACCUGAUCAUCUCAGUCAUGACCAUGUCGCUAACGAAGGCGAAAAAAAUGGAAUUAGGGAAAGCAAAGGGGAUGGGCCAAUGGCACCAUCAUCUGCCUCAAAAGAUAAUCUCUGCGAUCGCAUACAGCAGCUCUGGUCGACGGAGGAUCUGGAUAUUAAUUUUGCCGCGCAUUCUAUUCCUCCAGAGUAUGAGGCGAAGUUAGAAAGAAUCUUUUCACUACACGUCCGUUAUUCCCGGUGGACAUGUGGGCACUGGCGCUGUUUCGUCUAUAUAUCUUCACGUGUCUUGAUACGGAUUAUCUUUUUUUCUUGGUAUAUCGAGCAAGCAUCAACUGCCUGGCUACUUCACCUUAACUUACACCCAGUGACACUCCGGGUUUCCGAUAAGGUGCUAGGGAACAAUAUACUUGGAGGUCUGUUGACCAUGUUAUACCAAGUAUCUCUUGCGUUAACUUUAUUCGCCUCUGGUUUUAUUUCCCCUCUGGUUCUAAUUAUCCUUUUGCGCAAAAAAGAGCCGAUAAAGCGAGCUUUCCAAGACCUUGCCGAAACUGCACCAAUCACCUACAAGGUGCUUGAAGUUUUUGGCAAACUACUCAUGCCCAGCUUUAUGGGUUGGCUUUUCGCUCGAGUUAUGUACCCCCAGGAUGUGUCGCUGACAAGGGAAAUGGUCUCAUAUGCCAUUGAGAUUGUGAUGAUUCUAAUAAUUUACAUAACGGGGUAUCGGCUCCUCUUGAGUGUGCCUAGAUCAGAGCACACCGAGCCCCAAUCCAACUCUGGGCCAUCAUUAGAGCCAAAUAUGUCCCCAAACCCCCAAAAUCGAGCAACUACGGCGCCGCACCAGAUAUUCUCCAAUGACAAGAAAAAAGCGCCCAGAGAUAAAUCCAAAUACCGUCAUAUUCUUCCUGGUCCUCGCUUCCAGAUAUUCCGCUUAGUCAUCUGGAUCCCUACCGUGAUUAUUUCGAUUUUUCGUCAUUAUCAGUUGGAGAAUUCCAACUGAUUUUAUACCGUGAAUAAAAGGUAGAUGCUAGAAUUACGAAACAGAGAAGCCCUAGGAUUCCGGGGCUGCUUGAGAGGAUAAUAUAGGAUUAGUAGGGAUGAAUGCGUAAAUGCCAUUGGAUAGGUUGCCUAUAGAGUGAACCCUACAAAGCCAAGACAAAACUAGUCUCAGAGGGGUUAGAACGUCAAAAGCUCUCCAGAUGCAGCUUGCUGAGAUAAGCGUGGAGUAGCUCCAAGAAUUGUCCCUCCUUGUGUUGACAUCUCGUGCACUUUCUUCUCUUCAAACAUGGUACUUGCUUGAUACUUAGCCACAAUCUGGCAGGAUAAUGUCAGGCCAUCAUCACCACGAUCACGGCCCUGGCGGCCAUUG